AUGUCGGUUUUUUUACGUGGCAUGAGAGUUGGGAAUGGUUUUACUGCUCAUACAAUGCGAUUUGUGAAGCAUUUCAAAGAACUGGAAAUUGGUUGGACGCAUAACACUUUACGAAGUCAGGGCGUGCAGGAAUUUGUGGAGGAGUAUUUGCCGCAUAUUAGGGAAAAUAAUCCACAUAUUAAAAUUCGAUUGCACCGUACACAUGUCAUCUGCGAUCCCUUUGUGAUUGGAAUAUAUGAGCAUUGCCGUACCAGGAAACGGCGUUGUGAUUGGAAAAGUAAACAUCAAGUUUUAUCGUGUGUUGAAGAAAUGGCUGUUGGAGGCGAUUUCAUUAAAGGCCGGAAGCGAGGAGUUACUACUAUAUUACCUCGUGGUUUACAACUGUGGGAUACAGAAACUCUGGGACAUGAUGUGUUUAAAAUUUAUAGUAAAUGGAAGGGAGAUCCUUCAGUUCCUAAUCAGUUAGCUAGUUCCAAUCACCCGUAUCUCGUAAUUAGAAAACAUGCUUAG